AUGGCUUUUCGAUCACCCAGUGCGCUAAAUCUAGCCAGUCGUACCGUUCACGUCAAGAUAUAUCCAACCGUGAGAAGUUUUGCGGAGCGUCGAGAAGUCCUACGAGUGCUUGAGCAGUUCGGUGAGGUGGCCAUGUUCCGUUCAUUCAAGUAUCACCCUUCGAUGCCUGUUCCCAAUGCCUUCCUUACAUUAUUCAACACCGAAUCUGCAGCCACCAAAGCACUCAACCAGAGCCCAAUUCGCUACAGAUUGAUGCCCGUAUCUUCCGAACCAGACGCCCCGCCCCUUGACUCUACUGUCGAGGAGUCUGACGCCUCCAAGCAAAGCCCCGAGGACGAGAAGAUCUUCGAGCUACACGUCUCAACUACCACUUUCGACCAUGAUAAAUACCUCAAUAGCCCAGCUAGCAACCCACUACACGGCCCCUACCAACCCGUCAGCCCUGCAACGUCAUACAUUGCUUCGUCUUUGGAUGAAGUUAUACCCCCUUCGCUCUGGGCCCCUGGAUUGAAAGACUGGGAGACAGACGGCUUCCGCGUGACUGAUAGAGAAACCCCGGACUCUGAAGCCCUGUCACAGCAAGGAGAUCUCUCCUUAGAAGGGACCGGGAAAGCGUCUUCAAAUAGAAGGACAAGUAUCGAAUGGAAGGUUUCCCAGCGGGAACGGAAGAGACUGCAGAUGGCCAUACCUGAGAUCAUGAAAGGACUGAGACCUAUGAAGGAAGCAUAUGAGAAGAGACAACAAUCAAAUACGCAAGCUUCGCAGAACGGGUAG